AUGUUUCGCUGGUAUACCGCCAAGCUCAAGGCUCGCCCCCUGCUCACGCAGAGUGUGACGACGGCCGUCUUGUUUGCCACGGGCGACGUCACGGCCCAGCAGCUUGUUGAGAAGAAGGGGCUCAAACGCCAUGACCUGACCCGUACCGGACGCAUGGCGCUGUACGGCGGAUGCGUCUUCGGGCCCAUUGCGACAACCUGGUUCGGCUUCCUGUCCCGGCGCGUCAGGCUUGGGAACCCGCACCUCCAGACUCUGGCCCGCGUCGGUUGUGACCAGACCCUCUUUGCACCCGUCAUGAUCGGAGCCUUCCUCAGCAGCAUGGCGACGAUGGAGGGGGCGAGCCCCAAGGAGCGCCUCGACAAGGCGUGGUGGCCGGCCCUCAAAGCCAACUGGAUGGUCUGGCCCUUUGUGCAGUUCAUCAACUUUACCUUUAUGCCGCUGCACCACCGCCUUUUGUUCGCCAACAUCAUCGCCAUCGGCUGGAACAGCUACCUCAGCUGGGUCAACAGCCGGUGA